AAGAAAAAAAAGUUCUUCAAAGACUUCUGAAAAAAAAAUUCUCUCCUCCUCUCCGCCGAUAUCGUUAUCUCCGACGACCCUUCAUAUCUCCGCCGAAGCUAUUGCCGGAACUUAAACUCCUCUCCGAGCUCGAUCUCUACAAACUCCAGCUUCGAUUCUCAUACUGAUUUGCAUUCAAGAGUGAGAAAACAAUGACAUCCAUCCCUGGUACUGAUGAAGUCAUGCUUGAGUUUCGUGCUGGUAAGAUGUCUUUGCAGGGAACAAGAGUUGUCCCUGACACACGGAAAGGACUUGUCCGCAUUGCUAGGGGUGAAGAGGGACUGGUUCAUUUCCAGUGGCUUGAUCGAAGCCAGAAUGCGCUAGAAGAUGAUCAAAUUGUUUUCCCUGAUGAAGCUCUAUUCGAAAAGGUUAAUCAAUCAUCAGACAGGGUGUAUAUUCUGAAGUUCAACAGUGAUGACCGCAAGUUAUUCUUUUGGAUGCAGGAGCCGAAAGCUGAAGGUGAUGCAGAGCUGUGCUCUUCGGUCAAUCAAUACCUCAAUCAACCACUAGAGUUUCUCGAUGAAGAACAUGCAGCUGCUGUCCCGGAGGAAGUGGAAGGCAUGGCAGAAGAUGAUGUUUCAUCUAGAGCUGGAAACUUGGUUGUACCAAAUUUGUCUACAGAGGUGUCAUCUUCGUCUCAACCAGUUAAGCUGGCAGACCUGCAAAGAAUUCUGAACAACAUCUCUGCUGGCCCUGCAGGUAUUGCGGGAGAUGAAGACGAAGGCCUGGUAUUAGGGGAUAUCUUGAAACCGGAGUUGAUUAUGCCAUUGCUUGAGAUGUUACCGGUACAAGAAAGAUUGUCUUCCCAUUUACCUGAAGGUCACUGUAGGGCAGAGGAUAUACUGGAGUUGUUGCAGAGCCCUCCUUUUCGUCAACAAGUAGAUGCAUUUACCUAUGUACUUCGCACUGGACAAAUAGAUUUGACUCAGUUCGGUAUCGACCCAAGUAAAUAUAAGUUCACAGUUGACUCAUUCCUUGAGGCACUUGAGGACUCGGUUUCAACGCAAUCAAGCGAUGCAAUGGAUGAGAAUUAAUCUUUUCAUAGUCUCUUGAUUUUGUUCCAACUUGGAUAUCUAAAUAAGAAAAUCAUUUUCGUUUGAUGAAUUUGGAUUCAUUAAUUUUUGUUGAAGUCUGUGUUGGGAUUUUUUAUUUAUGUCACGAGGGUCCAAAACAUUAGUAUCAGCUGGUUAUCCCUGGGGCGUUGUUUUAUGAUGUUUUCAUUAUUGGUCUUA